CUUAAGUCUAUUGCGAUUCCUUGCACAUUGAAGUGAGCUUAGAAGGUUAGAGGACUGAGACUUCUACGCGAGCUCGUACUGGAGUGUCCGAUCUUCGUUCUUGACUACCUCACUUCACUCCUCUCCUCCUCCUCUACCACUAUUUCUGAGAGACUCAACUAUUGUCGUCUACUCCUUUAUCCUCACUCUGUUUGGACUCCAAUUUGUUUCUUUCGGACAUCCAACCGAUCACGGUUCUUGCUGUUGCGGCCAUUGUACCCAUAGACAACCCAAAGGUAAAAUCCCCUCUUUGAAAAGCUCACAUAGACUCUAUAGAUUUCUUUACACGAUACCCUACAUUUAUUUCCCUAACUACGCCGAUAAUAUUACACUACAAACACAAUGGCAUCCAGCAACACGAAUGCAGAUCACUCUGCGCAAUUCUGGAAGAAUAGCCUGGCAAGUAUGGAGAUCAGUCGUCUCUCCCAUCUCGUUCAGUCGUACGAGGGCGAGGCACAGUGGACCAGUUGUGCGGUCAACGCCGGAAUCAAGCUGCAGACUCUGAAUGCGCUUUGUCAGUCGCAGCGAACCUCACUGCUGGUGAUCCUGCAGACCGCUUGGGCAGCGGUCUUGGCUCGGUUCCUUGGCACAGAUGCUGUCACGUUCGUGAGCGUGGUGAAAGAUGGCAAAUCCGUGAAGAAUGGCGUUUGCUGUGCAAGCUGGACGCGAGGAUCCACCACGCUGCACGAGCUGUUGAGUCAGCUUAGCCAGUGGCAUGAGACCUCGUUGCCGCACCAGGACAUGCCGCUGAAGGAGAUCGAAAAUCUGUCGAACGUGGUUCCUGACACUGGAGUAAGAGUGAACCAGCUCGGCGAGCCCAGUGAGCCUCUGUCCGCGGCACGGGAUAAGCGUGUUAUCGAAGCUGUUGUACAAGUGAACGCGGAUUCAAUCGACAUCGUCCUUGAAUACAAUGCUUCCGCCCUGUCCUCGAGCCAAGUCCAAAGCAUUGCAGGAUCUCUGGAGAAGGCUCUGCAGGCGGUCACUAACCAGGGCGCAACCCCCGUCUCGCAGGUCGACCUGUGCAGUGACAAGGACCGGGAGCAAGUCUUCCAAUGGAACGCUGACAUGCCAGUGACUAUCAAUGAAUGUGUUCACACGUGGAUUGAGCGCAAGGCGCUGGAGCAGCCUCACGCCCCGGCAGCUGCAGGCUUCGGUGGGGAUUUGACCUACCAGCAAUUAAAUAAUCAGGCCGACCAUCUGGCCGCAUACCUCCAGGGACUGGGCGUGGGUCCCGAUUCAUAUGUAGCACUCUGCUUUGACAAGGCGACUCUGCCGAUUGUGGCCAUGCUGGCCGUGUUCAAAGCUGGUGGUGCCUACGUCGCUCUCAACCCCCAGCACCCUGUCCACCGUCAAAAAGUCAUCCUCAACAAGAUUGAAGCUCAGGUUGUCUUAGCAGGCCCUGCCUAUGUCAGCACCUUCUCUGGUCUGGUGAAGCAUUCGGUCGCCGUCACACCAGACUUUAUCGACGAACUUGCCGCGGAGCGUCGCGCAAAGGUCCUAGUCCGUUUUGCUCAACCGGAAUGCCCGGCUGUUGUCGUCUUCACGUCAGGUAGUACGGGAGAGCCCAAGGGUAUUGUGGUGGAGCAUCGUGCCUUGAUGUCAAGUAUGAUCCACCACGCUGUGAUCAUGCGUCUCGACAGCUCCACCAGAGCUCUUCAGUUCGCGACCUACACUUUCGACUUGAGUGUGGGAGAGAUCUUCAACACUCUCAUCCACGGUGGAUGUGUCUGUGUGCCUUCGGAGGAGGAACGAAUGGACGACCUCGAAGGCUUCAUCCGCCGGUUGGACGUGAAUUGGGCACUUCUGACCCCCACCGUUCAGAACAUGCUUACUCCUACCAACGUCCCCUGCCUCAAGACCGUCUCGACGGCAGGUGAGUCGCAGAAACAAGAAAUCAUCGCAGCCUGGGCAGAUCACGUCCAACUGAACAACAUGUACGGACCGGCGGAAACUACUAUCCUUUGCGCAGGUCGUUCCACCUUGAAGCCAAACACACCUGCUUCCAAUAUUGGUCUGGCCCUUGGAGCCCUGCAGUGGAUUACAGAUCCGAUGGAUCCCAAUCAACUAUGCCCUGUAGGAGCUAUCGGCGAGGUGCUGAUAGAAGGACCCGGUCUGGCUCGUGGCUACCUUAGAGAUGAAGAAAAGACAAGUGCGGCCUUCAUCGAGAACCCAAGCUGGGUGCCAGAUACCAACCCUCCCCGCCGCUUCUACCGCUCUGCCGAUCUGGGCUAUCUCAGUCAAGACGGAACCUUCAAUAUUGUUGGUCGCAGAGAUACACAGGUCAAGAUCAAUGGUCAGCGAAUCGAACUCGGCGAGAUCGAAUUUCAUCUCAAGAACCUCUGCUCUGGUUGGCAAGCGGCAGUGGCUGAAGUGAUCAAGCCUAAGGUUCAGAACGAACAGCCAACGCUCGCAGCUUUCAUCCACUUUGAGGAUGAGGCUCAACCCGAGAACUCGCUUCUAGGACGUAUGUCUGAAGGGCGGCGAAAGCAACUUUGUCAGCUCAAGGAGGACCUGGCUCUUCACCUCCCCUCGUACAUGACUCCAUCGUUGUUCGUCCCCAUGGCCCAAAUGCCAACCACGCUUAAUGGUAAGCUCGAUCGGCGAAGCUUGCGAGAUCUGGCUGCGGACUUCUCCACCGAGACGCUUAUCUCAUUUUCCCUUGCAAGUGCAAAUAGCGUAAAGCGCGAGCCUACCACAGCGGGUGAGAAGACAAUUGCAAACCUCUGGGUGGAAGUCUUGAAGAUUUCAUACGAGACUAUCGGUCUGGAUGACAGCUUUUUUCAGCUCGGAGGUGAUUCGAUCGCAGCCAUGAAACUGUCUGCUGUGGCUCGGUCGUCAGGAUUGAGCCUGACCGUGUCGAAGAUCUUUCGUCAUCCUACUUUGGAAGGGAUGUCCAAGGUUGCCGAAGAACUGUUGGAGAGCGAGAGUGAAUCUAUCAAGCCAUUUUCUCUCGUUGAUGUGGCUGAUAUCUCCAUCUUCAUGGACGAGCUCAGUUCGAAAUGGGGCCUGGAGAGGUCGGACAUCGAGGAUGCAUACCCUGCAACUGCUUUGCAAGAAGGUCUCAUGGCUAUCACCCAAGCGGAGCCGGGAACCUACAUUUACCAGAAUGUCUACAAGCUGCCGGCUGAGAUAGAUCUGGCGAGGUUCCGUACCGCAUGGGAAUCCGUCGUCAAGACCACAGAGAUCCUUCGAACAACCAUUGUUCCUGUCGAAACUGCUGCUGGCACAUACCAGGUUGUGACCAAGUCUUCUAUUGACUGGAAAUACCCGACGAAUGUUGAGAAGUACUUGGCAGCAGAUGCACAACAAACCAUGCAAUAUGGUGAUUCUCUCGCUAGGUACGCCCUCAUCCCAGGCAUCAAGGGCGCGACGUUUGUCUGGACAGCUCACCACGCCCUUUAUGAUGGUUGGUCCUUGCCUCUCCUCUGGAAGCGGGUGGAGGAGGCGUACAAAAACAAUGGAUUGGCUCAACCGCAUGUGGCGCCCUUCAACCGCUUCAUCGCCCAUCUUCAGAACACGAAUGCGGGCGCCACGAACGAUUUUUGGAAGUCCUAUCUGUCCUCGUCGAAUCCUCCGAAGUUCCCGCAGUUACCGUCUCAGACAUAUCAACCACGCGUGAACAAUAUUCACCACCAUGAGUUCGCCCUCAAGGGUAGCAGCUCGUCGGGCGUCACAGCUUCGACUUUAAUCCGAUCCGCUUGGUCCAUCCUUAUGUGCCAAUAUUCGGAUGCUGGUGACGACGUUAUAGUCGGUGUGACUGUUGCAGGUAGAAACGUCGACGUGUCCAGCGUCUCCGAGAUGGCUGCGCCAACGAUUACCACUGUCCCCGUCCGGGUCCAAAUUGACCGUGACGAAACAGUGGCUGACCUCCUCAACAAGGUUCAAACUCAGACCAUCGAGAUGAUGCCCUUUGAGCACGCUGGAUUGCAGAAUAUUGCCAAGAUCAAUCGCGAAUGCCGUCUUGCAUGCGCUUUCCAGAACCUGCUUGUUGUUCAACCCGAGGAGGACGAUAGCAACAACAGCUCCCUGGGCAUCAAGAAAGUCCAGUCACCCGACGUGGGCAUCUACACCUAUGCUCUGGUCGUUCAGUGCUUGCUUCGUGGAGACAAAGUUGGCAUUCAGGUUGACUUCGAUGACCGUGUUCUGUCCUCGUGGCAGGUCGAGCGGAUCUGCUCCCAGCUCGAGCAUAUCGUGGGAGAGCUCCGAUCAAGCCCCACUGUAAAGCUCGGUGAUAUGAGUAUGGUUAGUCAGGACGACUACACUCAGAUCAUGAGCUGGAAUCAUAAGCUUCCGGUCAUGGAGGAACGAUGCGUUCAUGACAUCAUUAGUGGUCAAGUUUUGGCUACUCCCGAUGCUCCUGCCAUCUGCUCCUGGGACGGAGAUUUCACCUAUGCUGAAGUGGAGCAGCUGUCGAAUCGCUUCGCUCGUCACCUUGUAAGCCUUGGUGUUGGGCCGGAGACUCUUGUUCCUCACUGCUUCAGUAAAUCGGCUUGGACUGUCAUUGCCAUGUUAGCCAUUAUCAAGGCCGGAGGCGCUUGCGUCGCCUUGGAUCCUGGGCACCCCGUUGAUCGACUCAAGGGUAUCAUUGCUGACGCUGGAGCCGACCUUGUGGUGACCACACCAGAGCACAGUCAUAUGUUCAAUGGUCUUGUCAGCGAGGUCGUGGCGCUGAGUCCGGAAUGGUUCCAGGCAAAUGAUUUGGCUUCUGAUAGCUUACAACCGCGCGCUGACCGCAAAAACCCAGUUUUCGUGCUAUUUACCUCCGGCAGUACUGGAAAGCCAAAGGGUAUCAUCAUCGAGCACGGCAUGUUUGCCUCCAGCGCUGCCGCUCACAGUAAGGCAUUCGGCAUUAAUGCCGAGUCUCGGGUAUUCCAGUUUGCUGCUCACACCUUCGACGUCAGUGUGGGAGAUAUCUUCACCUCAUUGAUGAAGGGUGCUUGUAUCUGUAUUCCUUCGGACCUGGAGCGCAUGAACAACGUUGCCGGGGCCAUAAACCGCAUGAAAGCCAACUAUGCCUUUUUGACCCCAACCGUGGCCAACUUGCUUCGUCCCGAGCAGGUCCCGACCCUUCGAACGCUCACUCUCGGUGGUGAAGCCCCGACCAGAGAGAAUGUCAGGACUUGGGCGGACAACCUGAACCUGAUUCUUUGCUACGGACCGGCGGAGUGCUCCGUUUACUGCUCGGCCAACCCUCCUGCCACCCAACAAAGCAACCCGGCUGUUCUCGGACACGCAAUUGGCGCUCUUAUCUGGUUGGUUGAUCCCGUUAAUCACGAUAAGUUGACGCCCGUCGGGUGUGUUGGUGAACUGGUCGUCCAAGGAGCAACAGUUGCCCGCGGUUACCUGAACGAGCCUCAGAAGACCCAGUCUGCAUUCAUUCAAGAUCCAGCAUGGUUGCCUCAGACAUUCCCCAAGGAGUAUCGUCGUAUCUACAAGACCGGUGACCUUGCCAGGUUCAAUUCUGACGGGUCUCUGAGCUUCGUUGCUCGAAAGGAUACUCAAGCCAAGGUUCGAGGACAGCGUGUGGAAUUAGCGGAGAUUGAGGUCCAUCUGUCCGAGAGCCCGGAGAUCCAACAUGCUAUGGUCUCUGUUCCAGCUGCUGGCCCCUACAAGAGCAGGUUGGUCUGUAUUCUGUCCUUACAGGAAAUUGCGCAGCGCAGUGGUGGCUCCCCGAAUGGCGAUAUUACCUUAGUUGAGGGAAGCGACAAGACCGCUGCAGCCGAAAUGACUACCAUUAUUGAGAACCGACUUGCAGAGAAGCUACCUCCGUACAUGGUGCCGGCUGUGUGGAUUCCCUUGAAAAAGAUUCCGCUUAACCUGUCUGGCAAGAUCGACCGCAAGCUGCUGAAAGGAUGGCUCGAGGAUGUGGAUGAAUCUACCUACCAGUCCAUUGCAGCCAUGGCAACUGCUGAGGCAACCGCCCAGCCUACCUCGGAUAUGGAGAGAAUGGUGCAGGCUGCAUUCAGUGAUACACUUAACAUCCCAGUCGAAUCGGUGGGCCUCAAUACUUCCUUCCUUAGUGUUGGUGGUGAUUCAAUUUCGGCCAUGCAAGUUAUGUCUCGACUUCGAUCUCAGAAUGUUCGGGUUACUGUCCAGGAUGUUCUCAAACUUCGUACAGUGGCUGCUCUUGCCGGUCGGGCACAGUACAUUGAACAAUCCACCGCAGAUAAUUCGGCUUUCGAAGCUGAAGUCCUUGACGAAUGGUUCAAGCUGGCUCCCAUUCAAAAGCUCUUCUUCCAGAUGCAGCCUCAAGGUCAAAACCACUUCAACCAGAGCUUUGUGUUGAAGCUGGGCCAGGAUAUAUCCGAAGAGGAGCUUCAGAAGGCACUUGAAACUAUUGUGCUACGACACUCCAUGCUCCGAGCCCGAUUCCAACAAGUUGAUGGAUCCUGGAUGCAAAAGAUAACCAACGAUGUCUCGGGCUCCUUUGUGUUACUCCCUAGACAGUCCUGUAGUCGAGAAGAAAUGAUCGCCAAGUUCCGCGAGGCUGAGACUCUUUUCGAUAUCAGCCAAGGGCCUGUCCUGACAACACAAGUAUGUACUACUCCUGAAGCGAGCUACAUCUUCUUGGCAGCCCAUCACUUGGUUAUCGACUUGGUUUCCUGGCGAAUCAUCUUCCAAGAUCUUGAGGACAUGAUCAAGACGGGCAAAGUCAGCUCGGAGCCUACAAUUUCGUUCCAGAGCUGGACAAAACUGCAGGAUGAAUAUGUUUCUCAGAACUUUCCAGACCGGGCUACUUGGGACCUACAAGCCCCUGUUGCAGAUCUGGACUAUUGGGGAAUGCAGGGAGCAUCUAACACUUGGGGAGAUAUCACCACCGAAUCCUUCACCAUCGAUGCUAAGCGGACAUCGCUGCUUCUUGGAGACUGCAAUUUACCUCUGCGCACCGAGCCAACGGAAAUCAUGGUUGCUGCUUUGCUCCAUUCAUUCCGCCACGCAUUUUCCGACCGAACUGCGCCUGCCGUCUAUCUGGAAGGACAUGGCCGUGAGCCUUGGACGUCGGCUAUAGACGUCUCACGCACUGUGGGAUGGUUCACUACUAUGUACCCCAUCAGCUACGAGGCAUCUGAGGACAAGUGGCUCGAUGCUCUCAAGAGACUUAAGGACAACCGCCGCAAGGUCGCCGACAACGGUUGGCGUUACUUCACUGCCCGCUCUCUGACCGAUGAGAUGGAGGAUAAGGAGAUUGUGUUCAACUACCUUGGCCUCUACCAGCAACUUCAGAAAGCCGAUGCGCUUUUCCAGGAAUCCACCAUCACCGGAACAGAUUGCGCCGAGAUUAGCCCGACGAUGCAGCGCUACUCUCUUUUCGAGAUCUCCGCAGGUGUCUCCAACGGACAGAUGGAGUUUAUCUUUGAGUACAACAAAAAGAUGGGCAGUAGAGCGACCAUCAGCUCUUGGAUCAAUCAUUAUCGGCAGGUGCUCGAAGGUGGUAUUGAUGAACUCAUGGCGCAGUCAGAAAUCCUCACCCUCAGCGACUUCCCUCUUCUUUCUAUGUCUUAUAAGGGCUUGGAGAAUCUGGCAGCUUCUAUCCUGCCGGAAGUUGGAGUACAGACAAUCGACGAGAUCGAGAGCCUUUCUCCUUGCUCGCCUAUGCAGCUCGGCUUGUUGAUGAGUCAGUUGAAAUCCGUGGGUGACUAUGAAUUCUUCACGAUCAAGAAAGCCACUGCCCGCGAAGGAGUUGAUAGUGCCAAAUUGCUUGCUGCUUGGCAACAGGUCAUCGAUCGCCACCCCAUGCUGAGAACUAUUUUCGUCAGAAGUGCUGCAUCCGACAGACCUUAUGACCAGCUCGUGCUGAAGAAUAUGAAGGCACAGGUGGUGGAGCUUCGUGACAGCGACCCCGUUCAGGCUUUACGCGCAUUGCCACCUGUGGGGAUCUCUGAAGGAAAGGCGCCCCAUCAAGUGGCUAUCUGCCGUUCCGACGAUGAUCAGGUCUUUUUCAAACUUGAGAUCAACCACGUCUUGAUUGAUGGUACAUCCAUGGCUAUCAUUGAGCGUGACUUGAGGCGCGCCUACAGUGCUCAGUUGAGCAGCGCUGCCCCCCUUUCCUAUGUCGACUACGUAACGUUCCUUCAGCAGGCCAAGCAGGCAGAAUCGCUUGAGUUUUGGAACGAUUACCUCCACGAUGUUCAGCCAUGCCAAUUUCCAAUUCUCAAUGACGGUCGGGAGCAGGUUCAGGCGCUGGAGUCCAUUGAUGUGGAUUUGCCAGGCUUGACGAAGGAGACUCUCAGUGCCUUCUCUGAGCGCUAUGGAAUCACCGUUGCGAAUGUUGUUCAGACUGCCUGGGCUCUAGUGCUCCGAACUUUCAUUGGAACAGAAAGUGUCUGUUACGGCUAUUUGACUUCCGGUCGUGAUGCUCCUCUUGAUGGCAUUGAGGACGCCGUGGGUCCCUUCAUCAACAUGCUUGUCUGUCGCUUGGAUUUCGAUCCUAAUGCGCCGGCGUUGCUCGCCCUCCAAAACAUGCAGGAUGGGUUCUUGAAAGGAAUGGCCCACCAAUACGUCUCUUUGGCUGAGAUGCAGCAUGCCUUGGGCGUCACCGCGCAAGGAUUGUUCAAUACUGCUAUGUCUUUCCAGAGGUAUUCGCCGGAGGAAUCCAUGGAUCUGAAUCUUCAAACAGUUUAUGACUAUGAUCCGACCGAGUUCAACAUCACCGUCAACGUCGCCACUAGAGAGGAAGGAUUAAGGAUUGAUCUGACUUACUGGACCUCGAAGCUGUCGAGCGGUCAGGCUAUCCACAUUGCCAACACUUAUAGUGCCGCCAUUAUGUCGCUUCUCUCCAACCCCGACACUGUUCUGGCCGACGUGAAUCUGCUUAGCCCCUUGGACAAAGCAUCUUUGAGGGACUGGAACAAGCAACUUCCUUCUGCAAUCGACCGCUGCAUGCAUGAAGUCAUUCACCAAAAUGCUGUAGAGCGCCCCAAUGCUCUGGCUCUGGAGUCAUGGGAGGCAACAUACACAUAUGAGCAGCUCGACAAGGUAUCAACGCGCCUUGCCCGCCUUUUGAUGGAGAAGGGAAUCUCGCCUGAUGAUUGCAUUCCCCUGUGCUUUGAAAAGUCUCUUUUUACGAUUGUGGCUCUCGUCGCAGUUCUCAAGGCUGGUGGGGGAUUUGUUCUCCUUGAUCCAAAGCAUCCUGAUGAUCGUCUCAAGGGUCUUCUUGAGGACACCAACGCUAGGUUCCUGAUUGUUUCACCCCAGACGCAAGAGCGCUGUGAACCGCUCAUCGCAGACUUGAUUGUUGUGUCACCAAAGAUGUUGGAUCAGCUUCCUCAGGGAGGCGAUGAUCUCCCCCAGACGACGGUCACCCCGGAGAACAUCAUGUACGUUCAGUUCACAUCCGGCAGUACAGGAAAGCCUAAGGGUGCUGUCGUCCACCACAAGGCUGCCUGUUCGUCUAUUGAGCACCAUGGAAAGGUGAUGAACUACGGACAUGAUUCUCGCAUCUUCCAGUUCUCAUCCUACACAUUCGAUGCCAUUAUCCUCGAAGCAUUCACAACCUUGUACCAUGGUGGCUGUGUCUGCAUUCCCUCCGAAGAGGACCGCAUGAGCAGUAUGGUACAAUCCAUGAGGGACAUGAAAGUCAACAACAUGUUCAUGACUCCUACUAUAGCUCGUUUGUUUGGACCCCAGGAUGUUCCCUCCCUGACUACUCUCAUGCUUGGUGGUGAACCAAUUCCCCAGGACAGCAUUAACACAUGGAAGGAUCAUGUCAACCUCAUUGGAGGAUAUGGGCCUGCCGAAUGCUGCGUGUAUUGUUGCUACAACCCUCUCAGUGAGACUGGAUUCAAGCCUGAGGUUAUUGGAUACCCAGUUGGUUCAGUACUGUGGAUUGUUGACGCUGAUAACCAUGACAAACUCGUUCCGAUCGGGGCCAUUGGUGAAAUUGUGGUACAUGGUCACAUUGUUGGCCGAGGCUAUCUGAACGACCCAGCGAGGACUGCGGCAAGCUACAUCUCAGCACCCAGCUGGAUGUCCGAGUAUCACGCGGGUGAGCAGACGCUGUACAAAACGGGUGACUUGGGUAGAUACAACUCCGAUGGCACUCUGACUAUUCUCGGCCGCAAAGAUACCCAGGUCAAACUCAACGGACAGCGCAUUGAACUAGGAGAGGUGGAACACCAUAUCAAAACCGAGUUUCCGCAGGUACUUCAGGUGGCAGUCGAUGCGCUCAAGCCGGAGCAUGGCAAUGGCCGACAACUUCUCUCUGCCUUCCUCGAAUUCGAGACCACCGAUGAGUUCCAGGUCGACGGCUUCCUCCGGCCCAUGACGGACGACGUCCGGGAAACGAUGUUCGAGAUUGAAGCAGUGCUUGCCCAGAUUCUGCCACCUUACAUGGUGCCCCAUCUCUGGUUCCCAUUGGCCACGAUGCCAAAGUCUGCCUCUGGUAAGACUGACCGGAAAGUGUUGAAGCAGCUCUGCAACGGUUUACCCAAGACCGAGCUUCAGCAGUAUUCGCUCGCUAGCGGCAGCAAGAAGGCUUUGGAGACACCCAUGGAGAAGAAGAUUGCAGAGCUUUGGAGUGCCCUCUUCACAGAGUCUAACUUCGGUGCCAAUGACAACUUUUUCCGUGUUGGUGGUGAUUCGAUUGAAGCCAUGAAGCUGGCUACCGCUGCUCGUCGUGAAGGUCUGUCUCUGUCUGUUGCCGACAUAUUCAACAACCCCAAACUCAGCAGCAUGGCUCAGAUUGCCGUCGCAGCUGAAGGUGUUUCUGCCGUGUCAAAGUACGACGGACCAUUCAGCCUUGUCGGAGGCCUUGAGAAUGCUCGCUCGAUUGUACAGAAGCAUCUCUCAAGUGAGGAGUUUGACCUGGUCGAGGACGUCUAUCCUUCCACGUCCCUGCAAGAAGGUCUUCUUGCGUUGACUACCAGCCAAGCCAACGCAUACGUUCUCCAGGCUCCAUUCAAGCUACCUUUACACCUCGACCUGGACCGUUUCCGCAAAGCCUGGGACCAGGUUGUUGAGUCAAACCCUAUCCUCCGUACUGUCAUCGUCUCCACUGAAACUCACGGUACAUGCCAAGUUGUGCUGAAGAGGGCUGUUCAGUGGUGGAAUGCUUCGACCCUGACGCAAUAUCUUGAGCAAGACAAGAAGCAACCUAUGACAUACGGAACACCACUCUGUCGUUAUGGUUUGACAUCGGACGGAUACUUCGUCUGGACCGCUCACCACUCUCUCUAUGACGGUUGGAGCUUCGCUUUGAUGCUGGAAGAACUCGAAAAGCGAUACGAGGAUGAAUCUGCUUCAAUCUCUCGCCCGCUAUUUGCUGAGUACAUUCAGUUCCUGCAGCAGCAGGACAGUGCCGACGCGAUUGCGUUCUGGAAAUCUCAGCUUGACGAUGCUUCGCCAACUGUUUUCCCUCAACUUCCCAGCUCCCUUUAUGAGCCGGAUGUGGAUCAGGCUUUCGUGUACAACCUCCAGAACAUUGUCCUCAGCAGCAAAUUGAGUGUGACGCCUUCGACCCUGCUCGGAGCUGCCUGGGGUCUGACGAUCGCCUUGUUGACCAAUUCUUCCAAGGUCACUUACGGAUCAACUCGCAGUGGCCGGAAUGUCAAUCUUUCUCAAGCCACUGAACUUAUGGGCCCUACUAUUGCCACAGUGCCAAUGCCCAUCACGAUUGAUCCAUCUAUGUCAGUCGAGGAUUUCCUAGCUCGAGUACAGAAUCAGACGACAGAAGCAAUUCCAUUUGAGCACUUGGGUCUCCAGAAUAUCAGCAAGAUAAACUCCGCCUGCAAGGCCGCUUGCGAUUUCCAGAACCUGUUCGUUGUCCAACCAGCGAUGGUUGGUGGAACUGCGCUCGGUAUGGAGCGAGUUGAGCUUUCCACCAAGGGGUUGCAUACAUAUGCUCUGAACGUGGAGUGCAUUCUAAGCGAGGAUGGUCACGCAGCACUGAACUUUGAAUUCGACAGCAAGGUUAUCCAGGCAUACCAAGUGCAACGGCUUGCGAAGCAAUUCCACCAGGUUGUCGACCAAUUGUGCAAGAACGAAGGUGACUUGAAGGUCGGUGACGUCGAGGCCUUCAGUCAAGACGAUGAGAAGCAAGUUCGCCAGUGGAAUGCCAGACCUUAUCCGCAAGUCUCCAAAUGCGCGCAACACCUUGUAUCUGAGCAAGCUCAGCUUCAUCCCGCGCAAUUGGCCGUUGCACAAUCCGAUGGCACCACUUUGACAUUCGGAGAACUCGAAAGCUUAUCUACUUUGUUUGCUCACCAUUUGUCCACUCGUGGCAUUGCCCCCGGCCAGAUUGUACCCAUUUGCUUGAAGAAAUCAGUCUGGGUCGUGGUCGCCAUGCUCGGAGUGAUCAAGACUGGCGCAGCCUUUGUCUGCUUGGAUCCUUCUUCCCCGCCCAGCCGUAUGCAAGUCAUUCUCGAAGAUGUGGAGUCGGAGCUAAUCGUUGUUGAUGCGGAAACAACCGAUAUCUUCGGUCGUCAUUCUAGCCUCUUCGGCACCCUGAAUGUCGUUGAGAUAGGCGCCGAAGCCCUUCAAGCGAUCAGCCGUCCUGCAGGCAAUUUCGAGGCCAAGGGAAGCCCUCGCGACCUCAUGUAUGUGAUUUUCACAUCCGGGAGUACUGGUAAGCCCAAGGGCGUGAUGAUUGAACAUGCUUCCGCUUGUUCGUCGUUCAUUUAUCAAGGCCAAGUGUUUGGCUACAAUAAUGAGACACGGGUGCUUCAAUUCAGCGCCUUGACCUUCGAUGCCUCGCUGAUGGAAAUCUUCACCACUCUCUGCGCGGGCGGUUGUGUCUGCUUCCCCACCGAAGAGGAAAAGCAGGGAGACAUCGUCAACGCCAUCAACCACUUGCGGGUGAACUCUGUCAUGCUUACUCCCACGGUGCUUCGAAUGAUUCAGCCUGAAGACGUACCUUCAGUCAAGCAUGUCGUAACGGGAGGUGAGGCAGUAGGUCAUGAUGUUGUGCGAGUUUGGAGUGACAAGGUCACUCUCAAGGGUGUCUAUGGUCCUACUGAGACUUCCAUGAUUUGCGUAACGGUCGACCUUGUCCCUGGCAGUUCUCCAGCCAAUAUCGGUGUGCCUCUUGGCUGUCAAAGCUGGAUCACUCUCCCAGAUGAUCACAACCGCCUCGCGCCAAUUGGAUCUGUUGGCGAGUUGCUCAUUCAGGGCCCUAUUGUGGGCCGCGGAUAUUACAAGAAUCCCAAGCAGACCGAGGAGGUCUACAUUGAAAAUCCCACUUGGCUACAGCAGCGAUUUGGCGAAACAGGUCGUCUGUACAAGACUGGUGACUUGGUCUACUAUGCGGAGAAUGGUAGCUUGAUGAUCGUGGGAAGAAAGGACGCCCAGGUGAAGCUUCACGGACAACGCAUUGAGCUGGGAGAAAUUAACCACAAGAUGUGGUCGCACCCAGCUGUGAGACAGUCUUCAGUUCUGCUGCCUAACCAGGGUCCACUGAAGAACCGCCUUGUUGCUGUCCUCACUCUUGAAGGCACAGAAGAGCAAAUCGCCCAACCCGAGCCUCUGCGGCCGCUAUCUGAAGAAUGGAAGCAAUACUCCAACUUGCAGAUCUCGAGCAUUCGGCAAGCUCUCAGAGAGAACCUGCCAUCGUACAUGGUGCCCACUGUCUUCGUGGCGGUCGAGCAGAUGCCGAGACAGACCUCGGGCAAGACCGAUAUUAAGCAGGUGAAGAAGUGGGUCGAUGAGCUGGAUGAGGAGAUUGUUGAGCAGAUCCUUGAGCUCGAGACGACAGCUGGAUCCGCCAUUCCUGCUAACGAGACGGAAGGUGCAAUCCAGGCCGUGAUCUCCAAGGUCUUGGAUAUCCCGACAGAAAAGAUUGUUCUCAAUCGGUCGUUUAUCAGCUUCGGUGGUGAUUCUAUCACUGCCAUGAAAGUGAUGAACCGGCUGCGAGACGCGGGAAUGAAGCUGAGCAUCAAGGAAAUCCUCCUGACUGGGUCGAUCUCAGAGCUCGCCACUACGAUAGCAGCUAAGCAUGAGGAGGGCUCUUUGAACGACCAUGUCAAGUCUACCUCGACAUUGACUGUACCAUCUCAGAAGAAAUAUCCGCUACUAUGCCUCGAUGACAGCGAUAUCGAGACGAUUCUGGAACAGCGAUUGUCUAGUAUCGGUCUCAAAGACUUGAAUAACGUGGAAGAUGUGUACCCAUGCUCUCCUCUCCAGGAAGGCCUUCUCCUCGCCCAAACCAAGGGAGUAGGAAGUUAUAAUGUGGACAACAUCUAUGAAAUCAAACCAAGGAACCCAGCGGACCAAGUGAAUCCCCAUCUGCUAGCGGAAGCCUGGAAAGAAGUUGUUCGUCGUCAUCAAAUCUUGCGCACGAUCUUCAUCGAGGGUCUCGAAGAGAGUAGCGCAUUCGACCAGGUCGUUCUGCGCGAGGCUCGCAAUGCGCCCAUUGUCAUCCAGGGUGUCGAGGGCAACGCCAAAGCCUUCUUGCACGGGCUUGCUGCUCCCGAAUUCAAGCCCACGGAGCCCUGGCACAGCCUGACCAUUUGCUCCGAUGCCAGUGGGACAGUCUGCUGUGCAAUCCGCAUGCACCACACCCUGUUUGAUGCAGGAUCUAUGGACGUCGUUCUUCGUGAAGUCGCCCAGGCCUACCAUGGACGUCUCUCCAGCCCAGCUCCCCUUUACCGUGAUUACAUCUCCUACCUGCAGGGUCAGAAGGACAACGAUGCGAUCGGAUACUGGAAGACAUACCUCGACGGAUUGGAGCCAUGCUACUUCCCCAGCAUCAAUGAGGAUGCAAUGGGAUUGAGAAAGCCGCAAUCACUGCAGUUCAAUGUUCCGGGUUUCCGCAGGAUUGCAUCUUUCUCCUCCAGAAAGAGCCUCACUAUUUCCAGUAUCCUGCAGACCGCUUGGGCACUUGUGCUCCGCCACUAUACGAGUGCGGCAGAAGUGUGCUUUGGGUAUCUCUCCCACGGUCGUGACAUCCCGUUGGAUGGUGUUGAAAGCAUCGUCGGCCCUAUGAUUAAUAUGAUGGUCCUCCGCGUUGGUCUUUCGGAGGACCGCAACCUGAUCAACAUCCUCGAGGGAGCUCGCGACGAUGUUUUGAACAGUCUGACUCACCAGCACUGCUCUCUGGCAGAGAUUCACCAUGCACUUGACCUUCAAGGAAGAUCGGCCUUCAACACCACUCUUUCGUUUGCCUCUGCUGCUGCAGACGCCGGAGAAGACACGAUCAGCUUCGAAAACCUUGCUGGUGGUGGUUCCACUGAGUAUGAGAUCGCUGUUAACGCCAGCGUCGUGGGCGAAGAAUUACAAAUCAACUUCAGCUAUUGGUCUUCGGCACUUUCUGAUCAGCAAGCAAAGGCUGUCGCCCAGUCUUUCUCGAACUUCAUCGACAUUUUGACCCGCUCACCUGAGGCAUCUUUACGGGAAAUUGAUUUCAGCAGCGGUGCAAUGAAAGACCAACUUCUACGGUGGAACUCGACUCCUUACAAGCCUGUUCGAAACACCGUGCAUGAAUUGUUCCACCGCGCUGCACUGAAGUACCCUGACAACGCAGCAAUCUGCUCCACAGACGGCAACUUCACCUACUCUGAGCUGGACAAUCUGACUACGCGUUUCGCAGCCUUCCUUCGCGCUCGCGGAGUGGGACCAGAGAUUCUGGUUCCGGUCUGCUUCAACAAAUCCUGUUGGACCAUCGUGUCGAUGUUGAGUAUCCUGAAAGCCGGCGGUGCUUGUGUGCCACUGGAUCCAUCUCACCCGCCGGCUCGACUUCAGGAAGUCAUCUCCCGCUGUGAAGCAACAUUAAUUCUCGCUGCUCCCCAAUUCGUUCAGCGACUGACCGACAAGGUCUCAAAUGUCAUUGCUGUCACCGAAGCACUGAUGCAAAGCUUGCCUGAUCACUCGAGCUCGGAGCUCGGUGAAGCCCAGCCUGAAAAUGCCGCAUUCGUGCCCUUCACCUCGGGAAGUACAGGUCUGCCCAAGGGCAUUAUUCUUGACCACAUGGGUCUUUGUACCAUGUUCCUCGCAAAUGCUUCGGUGGUGGGAAUCGGCCCGAAUACCCGCACCUUCCAAUACGCCGCCUAUACUUUCGAUGUCAGCAUCGCAGAGACUUACAUCACCUUGACUCACGGUGGUUGUGUUUGCGUGCCCACUGAUGCCGAGAGAAUGAACGAUAUCCCUGGGGCGAUUACUCGCAUGGAAGCAAACUGGACCUUCCUGACUCCCUCGGUCGCUUCCCUGCUCAAGCCUACCGACGUCCCCACCCUGAAGACCCUGACCCUAGGAGGAGAGGCGAUUUCUCGCGAUCUUCAUAGUACCUGGGCCGACAAGGUCCGUCUCAUCAACAGUUACGGUCCUGCCGAGUGCUCGAUCUGGACCAGCAACCAACAACUGUUCCCUGAGAGCUCUUGUGCUGAUAUCGGUGCGGGUAUCACCUGCUAUCUAUGGGUUACCGAGCCCGAUAACCAUGACCGCCUGGUUCCUAUCGGAUGCGUCGGAGAGCUUGUCGUGCAGGGACCUAACCUGGCAAGGGGCUAUCUCAAGGAUGAAGAGAAGACCGCGGCCGCCUAUAUUGACACUCCAGCAUGGCUGCGCAACGAUACCAGGCCGGCUGCCAAACGUGUCUACAAGACCGGUGACUUGGUGAGACAUUGCCCCGACGGCCGUCUCGAGUUCGUGGGACGCAAGGAUACUCAGAUUAAGUUCCAUGGCCAAAGAAUUGAGAUUGGUGAAGUCGAAUAUCAACUUCGCGCCAGACUUCCCGAGAAUACUCAGGUUGCUGUGGAGAUGAUCAAGCCUCUCAGCCAGGGCAGCAGACAAAUCCUGGCUGGUUUCAUCAUGAUUGAGGGUACUGAGAAGGUUUCCCUCAAAGGCUCUUCGGAUGACCCAGCGUCGUUCUUGAAGGAGCCAGAUACUGAAUUCAAGAACAUUGUACGCCAUCUCGAGCAGUCUCUCACGGAGACUCUCCCAGCAUACAUGAUUCCAUCGGUCUUCAUUGACAUGGUCAAUAUCCCCCGAAACACCUCCAUGAAGAUUGACAGAAAGGCGCUUCGCAAUCUGGGAGCCAAUCUAUCCCUUGAACAGAUCGCUACGUACUCAUUUGUCCAGGGCGAGAAACGGGCUCCUGAGACGGCGAUGGAAAAGCGCCUGCAAGAACUCUGGGCCUCCGUUCUCAAGAUCAGCCCCGAGUCUGUCGGUGCUGAUGACAGCUUUUUCCGGAUCGGCGGUGACUCAAUUGGUGCCAUGCAGCUAGUAUCUGCAGCUCGCAAGGCCGGUCUUUCCAUCACCGUUGGGGAUAUUUUCCAGCACCAAAAGCUAUGCGAGAUGGCCAAUGUUGUCACCACCACUGAUGUAUCUGUCCCUACUCAGGUCGAGCCCUUCUCGCUGCUUCCGAAAUUGGAGGAGGACCUCGUCGAUCUUGCAGCUUCGAAGGUGGGCAUUCAACGCAAUCUUCUUCAGGAUGUGUACCCUUGCACUCCGCUGCAGGAAGGCCUCAUGUCUCUCACUGCCAGAGACCAUGGGCUCUACACUUUGCAAGCAGUAUACCGUCUGCCCAACACGAUCAACGUUCAAGAAUUCCAACUUGCUUGGAUGGCUGUCGCCGAAGAAUUGGAUAUCUUGCGUACCAGACUGGUUGACCUUGGCCGCCUGGGUUCUUACCAGGUUGUCCUAAGCCCUGCUAUCAGUCAAAUACGCUGGACCUAUGGCGACAACUUGACUGCUUAUCUUCGCCAAGACAGAGAAAUCCCGGUCAGUUAUGGUACCGCUCUCGCUAGAUACGCCAUUAUCCAAGAGGAGGAUCAAAAGUACUUCGUGUGGACUGCCCACCAUGCGAUCUACGAUGGUUGGUCCCUCGGCUUGAUGAUGGAUCUGGUUGAACAGAGAUAUCUGAAGAAGUCGACCACCCCCAGCCCACCCUUCAACACCUUCAUCCACUGGCUCACCAACCUCGACAAGUCUGCCACUCGACAGUACUGGAAGUCGACCUUUGACGCUUGCUCCGCACCCCAAUUCCCAUCCGUCCCCAAGAAUUACCGAACCAGGGCCAAGGGAAUAAUGACCCACUCAAUCAGCCUACCACAAAUGGCGGAUUCCGAUAUUACGGUGCCUACAAUCCUUCGAACUGCGUGGGCUCUCAACAUAUCUCAAUAUACCCGCUCCGACGAUGUGGUCUUCGGUAUGACCCAGACUGGCCGCAACGCUCCUGUCCCCGGAAGCACCGAGAUUGUCGCCCCUCUCAUUACUACAGUGCCAGUCCGACUUGUGUUUGAUCGAUCGCAAACGGUCAAGAACCUUCUGCAGGACGUGCAGAAGCAAAUGGUUGCGAUGAUCCCACACGAGCAUGUUGGUCUCCAAAACAUCGCCAAGUUCAGCCCUGAGUGCCAGGCCGCAUGCAAAUUCGAGAACCUCAUCCUGGUCCAGACUCAACAGGAUCAAAUGAUCUCUCCCAUUGGUUUGGAGCGUAUUCCUGUCACUGACCUUGACAUUCCAGCUUUUGGUAUCGUGGCUGAAUGUGAAGUGGCGGAUGGACAAGUCCUAGUCUCAGUUGGAUACGACACCAACGUCGUCUCUGAAAAGCAAAUGUCUAACAUCCUGCACCAAUUCGACUUCCUCGUGAACCAAAUUGGUGGUAGAGACGCGAGCACCAAGCCACUGAAGGAGGUGCAGCUUUUGGGCGACAAUGACAUCCAAAUGCUGGAAGAGCUCAACCAAUCCCCAGACGAUCGUGUUUACCGGUUGGCUCAUGAGCUGAUCCAUGAGCGCGCUCAACUGCAGCCAGAGGCGAUCGCAAUCGAUUCCCAGGAAGCCCAGAUCAGCUACGGCGAGCUUGACGAUCUUUCAACCCGCCUGGCAUACUUCUUGACGGGGCUUGGCGCUGGGCCUGAUAAAAUCAUUCCGUUGUUCUUCCGCCGAUCUCCUUGGGCGAUGGUGGCCAUGCUUGCUGUGAUGAAGAGUGGCAGUGCAUUUGUUUUCCUCGACCCCAGCCACCCGGUUGAUCGUCUCGAGUUCGUUCUAGAGCAGAUUGAUGCCAAGUUGGUUCUCACGUCCCCUGACCUGGAACCCACCUGGAGAGGCAAGCUUGCAGUCUUCUGCGUGACUCCCGCCUCGCUUGAUAUCCUUCCUUCCCAUGGCGAACCCCCCGUGACUGCAGUGACACCGGACAAUAUUAUCUACUGCAUUUUCACAUCUGGCAGUACCGGCAGACCCAAGGGAUGUGUGAUCGAACACUCUAACUUCCUCAGUGGUGCCGUUCACCACGCGCAAAAGUCCCGCAUCUCGCAGUCUUCACGGAUUAUGCAAAUUGCCCCGUACACCUUCGACGUUAGUAUUCUGGAGAUGCUAACAGGACUAAUUGGUGGCGGCUGUAUUUGCCUCCCCCGAGACUUCCACCAGGGUGCUCGGGUCUCGGACAUUAUCAAUGACCUCAACAUUACGUGGACCUUCAUGACGCCUUCUGUCGCCCGCACCAUCGCCCCCUCGGAGGUGCCGAGCCUGCGGACUCUGAUUCUCGGUGGUGAGGCAUUGGCCAAGGUCGACAUUCAGACCUGGGCCGGAAAGCUGCAUCUUAUUAACGGCUAUGGGCCCAGUGAAUGCUCUGUCGCGGUGGCUUGUAAUGAAGUCAGCGAUCCCGCGGUUGAGCCUGCCAACAUCGGUUCUAAGAUGGGUUGCAAUAUCUGGGUUGUUGACGGCGAAGACCAUGACAUUCUCCUGCCCAUGGGCGCAGUCGGCGAGCUUCUGGUCGAAGGUGCCAUCGUCGGUCGGGGCUACCUCCACGAACCUGAGAAGACCGCCGCGGCGUUCAUCGAAAAUCCCCGUUGGGUGCAGCUCUUGCCCAGCACCAGCUCGUUGACUCCUCGCCGGUUCUACAAGACGGGAGAUCUCGUCCGACUCAACGAGGACGGCACGAUUCACUUCGUCGGCCGUAAGGACACGCAAUUCAAGCUCCGUGGUCUGCGCAUCGAGAUGGGAGAGAUUGAGCACCAUGCCGGUACAUUCCCCGGCAUCAAACAUGGCGUCGUGGCUGUUCCACGCGCCGGCCGCAUGAAGGAGAGUAUUGUCGUGGUGUACACGCUUAAUGAUCACGACGACUCCCAAGAAACCUCGGACUUGCGUCCCUUGUCUCUUGCCGAUCUAGAUGCCAGCCUGAUGUCUCCUGGUCAGCUGAAGCACCACCUUGCCACCCAUCUUCCUCCCUACAUGGUCCCCCAGACCUUCAUCGGCGUGGGCACUUUGCCUCUCCUCCCCUCUGGCAAGAUCGACCGCUCCAAGCUUCAGAAGUGGCUUGAGAACAUGGACGACUCGACCAAUGAAUUGAUCGCCGCCCAGAGCGGCACAACGGCGAGCCACGAAGCGGCUCCCAUUGACCCAGUCGACACACUCGCUCUGACCCUGAGUGAAUCCAUCAGUCAACUGUUGGCGGGCGAUGACGAGGCCUACCUCGAAUCGCUACAGGGUCGCAACAUCGUCCUGUCGCAAAGCGGAUUGAACUCCAUCACCGUGGUCUCGCUGCGGGCGAUGAUCCGCGACAAAUUCGACGUGAACCUAUCCAUUGAGCGCCUAAUGGACAGCACCGUCACUAUUCAGGAUGUGGCACGUAUGAUCGAGCAAGGCGACAACGCCGCCGAAGAGCAAGCAUCCUCAGCGAUCGAUCUGCUCGCCGAGGCCGAUGUAAUGAUGGAGUCGCUGAUUGCCGAGGCGUCGGACGUGGAAACCCUGCCUCAGCCCACUGACCGCGCUGAGCGGGUUCUUCUCACGGGCGCAACGGGUUUCCUGGGCAGUGAAAUUCUCCGACAGCUCUUGGUCAACCCCGACGUUCGCAUGGUGGUGGCCAUCGUUCGUGCCCGCGACGAGCAGCAUGCCAUGGAAAAGAUAGUUGCGUCAGCUAGUGCAGCGCAGUGGUGGCAGGAAGAGUACCGCCAGCGCGUGAGUGUCUGGGUCGGAGAUCUCGCGGCGCCGCUUCUCGGUCUGAGCGCCGCACAAUGGGCUGCCAUCGAGGGCCGCAGCACCGAUGCCGACUCACGCAUCGAUGCCAUCAUCCACAACGGUGCCAUGGUCCACUGGGGAGCAGACUACCACCGUCUGCGCGCAGUGAAUGUUUCCAGCGUGGUCUCGCUGUUGGCUGCCUUGACGCGCUCUCCUGCACCUCCCAAGUUCACCUUCGUAUCCGGCGGUCAUGUGCCCCUGGACGAGAACAUUACAGACGAGAUGUUGGCGGCCGAGCUGGCCCACUCAACCGGAUACGGACAGUCCAAGUUCGUGGCCGACCUCGUGGUGAAGCGCUUUGCCCAGAAGUACUCGACGACGGCUGCCUCGAUCGUAAAGCCGGGUCUCAUCGUGGGCACUGCCCAGUCCGGCGUGUCCAACACCGACGACUUCUUGUGGCGCGUCGUGGCCAGUGCCGUCGAGACCGGUGGCUUCAACGCAGAAGAACCUGAGAGCGUCAUCCUACUGGCGGGUGCCCAGCAAGUUGCUUCCAUCGUGAUUGCCAACCAACUCUCGCGCGAUGGUGCUAUUAAGGAACCGCGCAUCGAGGACAAGGUCCGUCUGGCGGUGACGACGCAGGAGCUCUGGCGUAUGCUCAUUGACGAAUUCGGAUACGCUCUGCAACCGAUGGGACCGACCGAAUGGCUGGAGUCAAUGAAGGCGGCGGUGCACGCCCAGGGCGAAUCUCAUCGCCUGUGGCCCGUCUUGCACUUCCUCGAAGGCGGCGGUGGCUACAUGGGCCAGCCUGUAACGGCCGGUCAGCCCAAUGGAGCCGAGCCAGGCCCGCAAAAAGAUGAGUUGUUGGCGUCUCUGCGCAAGAGUAUCACCUACAUGCGCCAGAUUGGCUAUUUCCCCAGUGACGAGGCCACCGUCCCACAGAACAAGGUGGUGUUCGGCCGCACCAAGGCGUGACCAGAUUGUUGAUUCUACCCCAAAUUCGAUUUGUUAAUUCUGUCUGAAAGUUCUUGUUUGUUUUUGAGCUUGCGUUGGUUCGUGUUUUGUCAUGGGGUCUGUGUAUUAAUAUUAGAAUUUGUACUUGGUUUCUGAAGUUCAAUUUAGCGAAAUUAAAGUCAAUGCUAUCGAAAUAAA